CGAGAGACGACUGACGGACGAUCACUGUAACAGAAUGGACCACCACAACAACCAUUAGGUAGACGAAUGAUGGAUGGAUUCGAACGCGGAGAGACCCCAAAGAAUGCUUAUGCUUUUCCUGAAAAACAACGCGUGAAGUGCAGCGCACUGUGCCAGGUGGAACAAACAACGGUCUCUCAUCUCAUCGCAUGGUGUCGUCCAUCGCGGCCGCAAUCCGACCCGCAGCAACCAUCAACGACGCCAAGCGCCGAACCGAACCACUCGCGCCUUGACAGCUGACGGGUACGGACGUUUGUGUUGCUGGCUGCUGCUACGCGUCGACUCGACCGACGCUUUCAGCUUUUGGGCGUGCGCGAAUCGCCAUAGCAACGUUGCGAAAACACGUGUUUAACUAGCGGUACUGGUGCGCGCGCGUGAACUGCUGUAAAUAUCGCGAGGUUGUGCGUUAUCAGCGUUGAAAGAGUGUGAUAAAGUGAGAUUCGGAUUUGUAGUGGUGAACACAAUGGAUUAGUAGAUCGGCAAAUUGUCAUCUCUCUAUUGUACAUGAUCGUUUGAGAAGACAGUUCAGUGAAUUGAGUGAAUUUCGUAGGUUUUUUUUUAGACAGUAGAGCGAAACGGAGGGGAUUAAUUUAAUACCGUUUUGAUACCGGCGAUCGAAGGCAUACAAUUUGGGCGAUUAUUAUCCGCUGUUACACGAUCGGUCUGCGACUGUUGCGGUUGAUUUUUUUUUUUAGUUUCGGAUGUUACUUUCGAUAUCAUCGUGCUGCUGCUGAUGAUAGUGAUGGUGAUGGUGAUACAAGUGAGGCCCGGAGUUCGGCGGUAUUAAUUUCGGAAGGAAGGCGUGUUUGAGUGAUUUUUGCGCGAUAAAUACACUGCGGCUGCAAUUUUCGGAUAGUGACGGAAUAGAGAAGCAGCAUCCGCAUAACAAAAAGAUAGUGGUUUGGUUAUUGGAAGUAAUAAAACCCAAUAGUGCAGUGAAGUGAUUGGAAGCGAAUGAUCCCUUGAUUAUGUCGAUUUUUACGGUGAUUUGUUGAUUGUUUUCCCCGAGAUGGGGCUGGGGCAAGAAACGACACCGGACAAGGGGCAUUGUGCUCAUGACGAGUAAUACUCUGUAUUGGAAGGCGCGUGUGUAAUACUGGGUUGAAAAAGAAGUGUGAAAUUGGAAGCCUUUCGGGCAGCGUUGGCAACAACAGGUGAUAUAUUGUUAUUGUGGGCCAGCCGGGCCGGAUUGUUCUGCUGCAGCUGCGAUUGUGUUUGCUGGAUUGUAACGGAAAUAUUGACCGGGUGAGAGCGAGCGGGAAGCAGAAACGAACGGAGCCACUGCAACCAUGGGACUCUUCGGAUGGAUCAAAAAGGAUGCUAGCCAGCAUCGACGCCGCGAGAGUGCGCCACCCUCCACCAGUAACAUAACCUCAUCGAGUAGCACCGCUAGUGCGGCACGGGACGAAGCAUACCUUGAGGCGCUGACCAAGUUCAACCAGUGGCGUUCUAAGCAGCGAUUGGAGCGGAUUAGCGAGGGUUGUCCGCUGAGGCCGGGCGCUGAUCAGAGGAUUCCAAGCGUGAUCGAGGAAGAGAAGGAAUCUGAAGGGGGAGCUCAGAGUGACUUCAGCUCUGACGUAGCCAUUACGAGCGAUGAACGCCGUGCUUUGAACAGGAAGUUUGAGUUACCCAAGAGUCCCAGAUAUAGUAGACAUCGGCAGGACUCGGGAGCACCUAAGAAGCCGAAACGGUCGGUUGAAUUUUAUAGGAAUAUAAAUAGGAUUCCUGAAAAUGGAGAGCCAAAUCUAAACAACGGGAAGAACAACAAUAUGGCGGACAGGUAUUCACUUCCUGCUGUAAUGCCGACAAGUAAGAAAAACAAGUCUAAGUUAUCCAAACCGAACAAUAAUACAAUCUAUGAGAACGAAAUUGAAGAGUUCGAACAAAUGCACGUCCAGGACAAUCUAGGCGAUACUUAUGCCGUACAAAGUCCUCCAAGUCGGUUCUUCAAAGAGAACUCCAGUCCUUACUUCAGCACCAGCACGCUUCGUAUCACCAGUCCCACUGUCGUGGACUCCACACCGAAAAAACAGGUCAAUCUUCAACAAAAGCGCGGCCGUAACUUCAAGGAUAAACCGGCUCCGCAACCUCCUGUUUCCACCCCGGAUCCACCUUCAUCGCUCAAAAAGCACAACAUUACCGGUGACAGUGGCAAUGAUUCUCCAUUUGCUGGAUCCUACCGGAAGUACGAACUCAACUCAUCGUCCAUCUACGACGAACACGUAAUCUCUUCGCGGGCUUACCGCGGAGAAAUGAAGCCUCUCAACUCGUCCGUCCAGACUCCUGUCAGGAAAGAACGCCGCAAGUCACCUUCCUACCAGACCAUCGUCAACAAGCAUGGAGACCUGGUGGACUACGCGCUGCCCUUUAGCGAUACUACAGAUACCCAGUCAGAGCUGAAUUCCACGAAAAACGGAGACAUUCUGAACGAUAUACGUGCCUGCGAAGAGGUCAUCAAUGAGAACUUCCGCUUCCUGAACAGUGAUAUUCAUCCAUCCUCCGUCCUGGCCGAUGACUCCACCAGCAUGAUCACCGAACCGAUCAGCGUGCUGAAGGAACGCGCCCCGCAGAUCGUCACCGACCUUGACCGGUCCAUGGUCAAAGAAGAACCCGAAUUGGUCGAUCAGCUGGACGAAGUCGACCUGGUUAUCCACGAACCGCAGGACAUCCUUCUCGAGCUGGACUCCCUGGAAAAGUGGAGCAAGAGCAUCCAGAUAUCGGACGACUUCCUGCAGAAGCAGUUCUCCGAACGCAGCAUGCUGGAGUUCUUCCAACAGGCGUCCAGCCAGCUCCUGAUCUGCUGGCCCAAGGAGGUACACUACCGGGUCGGGACCCUCCGCAGCAGUUUCCUCGCUCCGCUGGAGUUCUCCUGUGGGCUGUUCCACAACGCGCCGGUUUCCCUGCGGAAGUACUCCCUGAACGUCGACCGGAGCCUGUACUUCGCCGAGGAAGCUUGCAAGAAGGACUUCGAGAUAUUGGGCCAUAUCAAACACUUCGCCGUGGCGUCGCUGAUGGCCGUCUGCUUCGAUGCGGGGCUGAACCAGGCCACGCUGAUUCUAGAGCCGUUCGAUUUUACUCUGUUUGACUACAUUCACAAGAUGAACAAACGUCUCUCGCUGCUGCACGCCAUCACCGUUGUCCAGCAGAUCUCCCUGGCCGUAUCCUACCUGCAGGAGUGCGGCUACAUCCACUCCAACAUCUCCAGCGGGUGCGUCCUGAUGCGCAAAUACCCCUACGCGGUCAAGCUGACGUCGUUCGAGCUCACAACGGAAGCAUCCGAUACGGUUCGCAAAGAGAUCGAGAACCGCUACGGCAGUACAUCGUCUUCGCGCAACUCCAUGACGUCUUCGCAGAACGAAGAGCUGAAGAAAAUUACCACCUACUCACGGUUGAUCAAAAACGACGAACUGUUCCUGCGCGAUAAGUAUCGGAAGCUGUCCAAGGAAGUGUCCGACAGUCGGAAAGGGCAGUUCGGGUCCUUGGGUGAUAACGGAGGGUACGACUGCCGUGCCAGUCGCUACCUGCCGUAUUGUAAGGAGUACCGGGAGAAGUUUUCGCUGUUUUACUACGUCGCUCCGGAACUUCUGGUACCCAAGUCCAACUUCGUUUUCCCCACCAAAAGUACGGACGUUUAUUCGUUAACUCUUCUGCUAUGGGAGAUCCUCAAUGGCUACGUACCAUUCGUAGUUUACAGCCGUCAAGAGCUGGAGAAACUCCAGGUAUCGGCUAACCUACAUCUUCCAAUGUUCGAAAAAGAGCGCUGCGAUCGCUUCCGUCAGGUGUUCGAAUCGGGUCUCUCCAAUAUGAGUGCUCGUCAAAUCAACGUUACCGAUAUUCUCGAUACCCUCGAUUGUCUGCUGUUGGAGCAGGGCCUGGACAAAACUACGCACAUGAACGGUUUCUCCGAAGACUUUGAAGAACAAGUGAACUCAUCGGAGAUCAAAAAGAAGAACGAAAUAAACGACAUUCGCAAGCAGAACGUUCCGGAGAAGACCGACAAGAUUUACUUCCAGUCAAACGGUGGAUACGUAAACGUUGAAAACUCGAAAAAGAUGAGUCGCGAAACAACCUUUAUAGACAUUGACGAUCUCGCUCCACAGAGAAGCAAGCAGCAACCGAAGAAACCAGCUCGGAAGAUCAACAAAGUGAAGGCAAACAAGGAUCCUGACAUGAAGUCCUCGAAGAAGUCACCGCUCAGCUCGAGUUUAUCGCACUCGGCCAUCUAUCAAACAAUCUUUGACUUCAACAACAAGUUCCUAUCGCCACGGUCGUCCAAACAGGCCAUUUACGAGCGGACCAGUACAGUCAAGAAGCAAAAGAGUUCGCUUCGAUCGAACAAAGUCGCUGCGAAAGAGCUGUUCGAACCGAUCAACAGCUUCGACAAGACAGACAGUUCCCACAGGGUGAAUAGUGGGGACUCAAAUGAAAACACGACCCGGAAAGAUGUAGUUCCGGAGGUUAUUGGGCCUCUGGAAGUCUACACUAAGGAAUGUCCAUCAAAGCUAAAUAUCAAUAUCGAUAAGCUUGAAGUCUCCAAAGAACUGGGUCUUGACAAAACACCGGAUUGCGAUCGCACAAACGAAGUCCAGCCCGUGGAAACGUCCAAGUCCUGCGACAGCUCUCCAGGUACCAAGCGCAAGAACUACUCCCGUCUGUCCAGCUCCCUCCGGUUCACCAUCGGCGACAUCACAUUGCCGGACACUCCCAUAGCUCGCAAGAAUAAGAUCCGCAAGCACGCCUGGCUUUCUGACCAGAAGCUGGUGCUAACGGACGACAACACAUCGACGCCAGUGACUCCCCAAGGCCGAAGAGCGUCUUCCUUUUUCAACGACCUGGGAUCCCGUAUCAGCCGAGGCGGACGGUCAAUGGGAGGCCUGAGCUCUCCGCUCAACUUGAACAUAUCGUCCUCGAUGCAGGAGAUCAAACCGAAGACGGUGAACAUCAGUGUGAACAUUAUCAAGCGGCCGGACAUGGGAGCGAAAUUGAAGGCCUACAGUCAGGAGUUCAAUAAGACUACGCCGGCCAUCAUAGAUAUCGAGAUUGAUGAUAAAGGAAAGAAUCAAGAGGCUAAUGUUAAGUCUGAAUCGACCAACAGCAUAUUUGAGGAAUCUCUGUGGAAAAAUGAAAAGAAGAUUUGCGAACGAACGCAGCUCAGCCGCUCAGCUGAUAAUCUGGACGAAGAAGGUUCCGAUGCAGACACUUCGGACAAGGUCGUAACGGCACAUCUGACAUCGGUUCGUGAUGCCGUCCGCAAAAUCGAAACCACCUUCGAAAACACCGGUUUCGAUUACAGCCCCAACAGAAAAUCCGAAUCUCACAAGAAACCUUCGGACGACAAAAAGAUAUCGGACGACUCGGUCGUCGUGGAGGAAAACCUUCUAGUCCCAACCAAGGUCCUCGAGCUGGAGAAAACCUUCGAGCAGCUGCCUCCCAUUGAAGAGCCCAACAAUACAGUAACUCGUUUGGACGUAGUGCUGACGAACAAUACUCUCAAGAAGAAGGAAGAGCUACUUCAACAUCAGCACCAGCCGCAACAGUCAGCACCAACCAAAUUGCCACUGCCAGAAGCAGCCGUUUUCAACCCGAACUCUCAGUUGUUCAUGCGCCGCAAAGCUGCCACGAGUGGCAGCGUCAUUCAGCGAACCGUGUAUCGUGAAAGUAUCGUAUCGAGCACCGAUCUGCCCGGGCUGGAUAGCAUCAACUCCUCGCAGGCCAGCAUCAGCACCACACCCAUUCCUCCGGGCAGCGCGCGGAAGAAGAAGCUAACGACCCGCGUGACCGUAAACAUGCGUAAGAUCUCCCGCCGGGCGUCGGACAUGGGUACCAGCCCGGGAUCGUCCCGUCCCAGUUCGCUGAACUUGGACGAAGACCCUCCGUCGUCCGGUUGCUUGACGCCGACGAACGCUGGUGCUACCGGGCCGAUUCGACAUUCCUGCGGAAAUGAUUUGUUGAAGGCGUUUGCCACUCUAAGGUUAGUUCCGGGCAACGACGAGGUAGGCGGUUCGCGAUGUUCCAGUGCAAAUGAUGACAGAAGGAGCCUUUGCACUCCGGUGAAGGCUUCGGGAGGACUCGGACCGAACCGUAACGGUGCGGAACGGUUCGUUUGCUGCAACUGCGGAAGUUCGAUGGUGCCUGCCGAUAGUUUGAAUGUACCCGCCGGAAGUCGCAUCGGAAUGUCGGCCGCAUUUAGUGAGUUAAAUUUUCCCCGUGAAAGUCUAGCUUCAAUGUUCGAGGACAAUUUGGGACUUAUCUCGCAGCAGCAGCAGCACCAGCUACCCCGUGGAACUCUAUCGACCAUUCCGAACGCCAAAUCCACCGAAGAUCUGUACAUCGACGACGACUUCUACCAGGGGUUGAACUUGGGUGCCAACAUGGAGCUGGUGGAGUUUGUCGACGAUGGGCACUACUUGGACGAGUUCGGGUACGAUAUCUACACCACGGAGGAGAUCUAUGACGAUGAAGAUGACGACGAAGCCUCGCCGGAAAUGGAAGCCCUGUGCGGUGCUGGGGAAGAUACGGCCACCCCGUUGCCGAUGAUCACCGAUGAGGAGCAGUUCAUGAACAAAUGUGCCGACAUGAAUCCGAGUAAUGCAGAUUCGUUAGAUGCGUUCGGGUCUGUGUUUUCACCGUCGCCGACGGCCACGUCCAAGCAGGAUAACGGAGAAGCAACCGGGGAGAAUUUGGAGCAAUAGAGUAGUGUUAUUUUCUACAACAGUGAAGCUAUAUUUUUAGGGAUGAUUUUCAAAAUCGUGUUGACAGAAUGUAUAUUUUUCUAAAUGAGUUAUUUACAGACAUUUUGGUAAAGAACCGUGAAUUUAUAUCUUGAAAUUGAGAUAGUAUUUAUAAUGAACAGUAUUUAGAUCAAGUAACUGAUGACGCAAUACAUAAAUGUAGUAGACAUGGUGAUAUCUAUUUUUAAAGAGUGAUAAUCUCUAUUAGUAUUAACUGCAUCAAAUCAAUAUAUGUACGUCAUAAGAUACCAAAUAUUUAAGAACAAUUGGAAAAAUUACUAUUGUAUUUAUGGACACUGAAUAAAAUAUAUUAUGAAGAGA